GUUGUUUAAAAAAGUUGAGAAAAGUUUAGUUAAACAUAAUAUGAUAUCCGCGAAAAUACCAUGAAAUGAAUAAAAAUCAAGAUAAUUUUAAAAAGUGUUAGAUGGAAGAAAAUAGUGAUCUUCUUCAAGUAGGUGAAUAUGUUAAACAGCGAUGGAAAGUGGUUAAGAAGAUUGGUGGUGGUGGAUUUGGUGAGAUUUAUCAAGGUCAUGAUACUAUUACACAAGAAAUGGUUGCAUUAAAACUUGAGGCUGCCAACACAUCAAAACAAGUUUUAAAAAUGGAAGUAGCUGUUUUAAAAAAGCUUCAAGGCCGUGAUCAUGUAACACAGUUUAUUGCAUGUGGUCGUAAUGAUCGGUUUAAUUAUGUCGUCAUGUCAUUAGUUGGUCAAAAUUUAGCAGAAUUACGCCGCAGCCAAACAAGAGGAGUUUUUUCAAUGGGAACUAUGCUUAGAUUAGGAAUACAAGUACUUAAUGGAAUAGAAGCAAUUCAUGACUGUGGUUUUCUUCACAGAGAUGUUAAACCGUCAAACUUUGCAAUGGGAAAUAACAAGAACACUUGCAGAACUGUUUAUAUGUUAGAUUAUGGUUUAGCAAGACAAUAUGUGAAUAAUGAAGGAAAUGUCAGAGCACCUCGUUCAGUGGCUGGGUUUCGUGGCACUGUGCGUUAUGCUGCAAUAGCUGCUCAUGAAAAUAAGGAAAUGUCACGAAGAGAUGAUCUUUGGUCUGUGUUUUAUAUGCUUGUAGAGUUUUCACAAGGAAGUUUACCAUGGCGCAAAUACAAAGAAAAAGAAGAAGUAGGUAACUUUAAAAAAGCAUAUGAUCAUGAACUUCUAUUGAAACACAUGCCAUCUGAAUUCAAAAUUUUUUUGCAACAUAUUCAAAGUUUAAAAUAUGCUGACAGACCAGAUUAUGAUAAAUUACGAGAAUGUUGUCACAUUGCUUUGAACAAAAGAGGUAUUCGUCAAACUGAUCCCUAUGAUUGGGAAAAAACUUCAACAGAUAAUUCAAUAACAACAACUAAUACAACAAGCACAUCACGAUAUAAUGCAACUCCUCUUGGUUUGAAACCAGAUCAAGCAUUAAAUAACCCAUCAGAUUUACCACGAUCAAAUACCGCACUUCCUAUAGGAGAGGAUAGUUUACAAUUUGAUGAAGAAGAUAAUGUUAUUAAUAUACAAGUUCCGGAAGGAAGACCACCUGAAGUUAUUGAAAAAAAGGAGGCAGCUUCUCAAGUUAAGUUACCAAAAGCUUUCUUACUUGCAAUGAAAGAAAAUAUUUUGACUGAUACUCGCUACAAAGAUUUUACUAAACCAAAUGGUACUAUUGAUAAGCAAAAAUUAAAUAGAGCUGCUUUUAGUACAGCUAAAGGGUCUUCUUCAAAUAAGAUGUCUCCUCAUGACAAUGAAAGCAUCAGUAAUAAAGAAGAUGCAAAGAAAUCAAUUAGCUCAAAACCAUCAGAUCAAAACAAAAGUGACAGUAAACAAAACUCCGAGGUAGGUGAACCAAAAUUGAAUCAAAUUGAGAAAAACUUAACAGACACUUUAGGUGAAAAUUUAAAAGAAAUUAACAAUGAAACAAAAUUAACUAGAGUUUGUAAUGAAACAAAAACAGAUAAAAAUGUUUCUUCUAAGCAACAGCUAAGUCAUGAGUCGAUAAUUGAGAAACUGUUGAAACAGCUUAGUAGUACAGAAAACAAAAAUGAUUUAUUGUAUAAUGUAAAUAAGUUUGAUGGAAUUAAAGUAGAUCAACCCCCUGAUCGAAUUAAGGAAGAUCUACCCCCUAAUCGAAUUAAAGAUAGCCAACUCUCUAAUGUAGCAAAAGAAGACAAAGUUGAUUCUAAAUUAACAUCAAUUGAAGCUUAUAGAGAUAAAGAUAAAUUAACAUCAAUUGAAGCUUAUAGAGAUAAAGAUAAAUUAACAUCAAUUGAAGCUUAUAGAGAUAAAGAUAAAUCUUGUGAUUUUGAUCCAAAAAAUAAAUUAUACGAACAGAACCAAAAAAUAGCAGUUAAAACUUUUUCAGCACACACAAUGAAAGAUCAGAGUUCAAAUCUUCAUGACAAUAAAAAUAUAGAUGAAAAAGACAAAAAAGAAAGUGAAAGUAUGAUUCAUCCUCUGGAAUCUAAAAUUGUUCAUAAUCAAGACAACGAUAAUAAAAACAUUCAGGUUGACUCAACAAAUCAACCACUUACUCACUUUGAAAAUGCUGAUAAAAAUAAUCAGGAUAUAUCAAUAAAUCAACCACAAACACAUAGUGAUAAUAAAUUUGUUAGUCAAAGUAAAAAUUGUCUUGAUAUAGAAAGUAACUUUAAAAAAGAAACUUGGCAGCAGUUUGCAAGAGAUUACAAUAGUUAUAAAUGUUCACAAAAGGAAGUUGGUUGUACUUUAAAUGAGAGUGGUUUAUUCCAAGAGUUUGAUGUAAUUGUAAAAAAACCUCCAAGUGCUUAUAUUCGAAAGUCAGUAAGUUUGCAAAAUCUUAAAUCAUCAUUUGAAGAAUAUCAUGUAAAUGAAGAAGAAUCAAGAAAAAAAACUCGAGGACUUGUGAAUUAUUUCAGCAGCAUUUAUGGUGACAUGCGCACUAAAGCAAAAUUGAAAUUAAUGGGGAGUACUGGAAGUCUUAACAAAAAAAAAUCCAAAAAAAAUGAUGAUUUUGAUGGUUCUGUAGUCAGCUUAACGACAACAAUAAACCAAUCUCACCAUGCUUUGGAUACAAGUAAUUCUGGUAUAACAUUAAAUCGUUGCAACAGUUCAGAAAAUUUACACAAAAGACAAUCUGAAAAUUCUACUGUUAUUAAUUUUGUUGAUCGUGUUCUUAGAAAUAAGAUUGAUUAUGUUGGUAACAUAUCUACUGCCAGCUCAGAAAGCAUGCCUUCAAGGCAAUGUCUGUUUGGUGAUAACAGUGAAGAAAGUUUAAAAACCAGACUCAAACGAAUUAAACAUCGCUCAAGUAUACAAGAGGUUUUUGAUAAGAAUGAAACUAAACAUGUUCCUAACAAGUUUGUUGCUGAAAAAACUGAAAGUAUAAACUAUUUACAAGAAGAAUUUGAAAAUUUUUUAAGUGAAAAAGAAAACGGUAAUGUUAAAAUAAAAACAGCUGAUACAAAAUCUUGUUAUGACUCUUUUAAUCUUAUAAAUACUGACACCAUUGACCAUCAAAAUACACACAGCACUAACUAUCAAAAUGCAUAUAGCUCCAACCAUCAACAUACACACAAUGUUAACCAUCAAUAUAUGAACCGCACUCACCAUCAAAAUAACCAAAAUACACAUAGCAAUAACCAACCUACUCCAUUAAAUGUUCGAAUCAAUUUUAAAAAAGUCAGCACAAAAGAUGAGCUACCACCUGGCAAAGAUAGCGCUUGCUCUCUUGAUUAUUAUGAAAAAAAAAGUGACAGUUAUAAAAGUAAUACUUAUUAUGAUUACGGAAACGAAAGAAAUAUAUCUAAAGUGUGUAAUGACAGAUAUUGUAAGGAUUAUAAUCACAAAUAUUGCAGUGACUCACUUAUUAGUGAUAGUGGUUGUGAUGAUCUUUCCACUUCAAGUCAUCUUCCAAAACCUCCUCAAAUAGGUAGAAGAAAUACAAAAAUUGAAUCAAGGUUCAGACGCUACAAGAUGUACAUGAUAAGAAACCCUAAAGGAGCAUCUUGAUAUAGCAUUUAAAAUAUAAAUGGUAAUGAUAAGAAACCCUAAAGGAACAUUAUGAUGUAACAUUGAGAAAAGACUACUAUUAUAUCAAAAUGUUGCUGACAUUGCUCUAUCAUUCACUUCAGAUCCUUAAUGAUCAUCUGUUUAUCAGCAUUGAAUAGAAUGCAAACAUGUUUCUGAAAAAUUUUAUUGAAUAGUUUCAAUGAAAUGAUAGAAAUAUUUCAAGUUUUGUUAACAAGCAAAGAAUAAAUAAAGUUUAUCUUGUACUGCAGUCAAGUUAUUCUUUUUUGCUCUUUUGCUUUUGGAUAAGUAUGUUUUUAAAAAGAAGCAAUUAACAAGUUGAAAGGGAGAGUUGAAUAACUUUGCGCCUAUAGUUUUUUUACUGUUUUUAUGACAAUUUUUAAAGUUGACAUUAAUAUAACCCAAUAUUUUUACUGUGAGACAUUUUGUGGUAAUUUUAACUUUUAAUUUGCUUGUAAAUAUGAUUAUAAAUUAACUUAUUGCUUACAGAAGUUGUAAAAAUAUAAAAUAUAAGAAAUACAUUGUACAGAAAUAUAUUUUUAAAAUUUCAUUUUAAACAUUUCUUGAAGAAAUAA